CACUAACUAGUAUUGAAACUGGUACACACAUAAACACACACUUUCACAGUAAAGACGACGAUGCCUAUCUGCACCUUUUCUCUGCCCUAUCAGUUCUUCCCCAUUCUCUCUCUCUCUUUCCCUUUCUCUGCUACAUCUUGUAUAGCCAGCAACACGACGACUGACUCUGCGCUGGCCAGAUUCCUCAUUCUGUCCUUCUCCUUUCUCAAUCACUCUGUUUCUCUCUUUUCCACCUAACCCUAAAUUAACAUGUAUCCUCUCUUCCUACUUCAUCCUUGAUUUCACUCUCUUUUUGUGAUUAUAGUUCCUUUUUACUUUCUUUCACUCAUGGGGUGCGCCACUUCCAAACACGACGACCUACCCGCGGUUACACUCUGCCGCGACAGAUGCGCAUUCCUCGAAGAGGCAAUCCGGCACAGAUACUCCCUUGCGGAUGCUCACCUCGCUUAUAUGCUUUCUUUGAAGGGAGUUGGUGGUUCUCUUCGCCGUUUCUUCGAUCAGGAUCUUGAAACAGCUAUGCCGCCGCCCCCGCCGCCGCCGCAUUUGCAGAAAAAGGGACAACUUGAGCCUUCCGGUUCACCUGUCUUCUCUAAGGUCAUUCAUCAUCACAAUCACUCCAAUUCCGGCUCUCAUCUUCAUCUAGACUCUGGUUCUGGUUCUGAUUCAGAUGAUUUGAGUCUGCACCAUCAUUUAUCCGGGAACAAUUCUCCAUUCCAUUCGUACGGACAGAUAAACUAUACGGAUCAGGAGUCUCUCAGCUCGUACAUGAAUUCGAAUUUCAAUGUCAGCUAUACAAAGAAUAAUGCGGCGACUUCUGUUGUAUACGAACAAAGGCCAAUGAUUCCAGAAACUGUUUAUAUGGGAGAGUUUCCAUCUUCGUCUUAUCCUUAUCCUUCCGCUAAUCAAAAUCAGAACCAGAGUACCUACCCAUAUUACGGUAACUUCUUCAAUGAGUCAUUGCACAACUAUUCUUCAACUCCGGUGGUGAUUCCGCCAGAUGCAUCAACCUCAAUGUCGCCUCCUCCGCCACCUCCGCCGCAGCAGCAAAACUCGACUUGGGAUUUCUUUAAUCCGUUCGAUAGUGAAGACAAGUAUUAUCAACAAUAUACCUCCACCUCGAGCCGUGCAUCUGGAGAGGUGCGGGAAGUUGAGGGAAUUCCCGAUUUGGAAGACGAAGAAGAGGGUUUUCAGCAAGAAAUUGUUAAAGAGGUACAAGAAGAUAAAAAGGGCGAGGGUGGAAAUAGUUACUCUAAGCCGGUGGUGAAAAAUGAUAGCUCUUCAGAUCCAGUGUAUCCUGCAAGGAACAGUAAUUCAACCGAGAAUAAUCCGGUGGAGUUCGAGGUGCAUAUGGUUGAUAAGAAAGUCGACAAGGAGGAGAUUUCAGGUGACCUGCAGGGGAAUACACCGGCUUUCAAUGUCCGGUUUAGCGAUGAUUCUGAAAUUGUAAAAGAAAUUGAGACCCUGUUUCAACGUGCUUCUGAAUCAGGGCAUCAUCUCAAUGGAAUACUUGAAGUUGGGAAAAUGCCAUACAAGAAAGGUGUUGGUUAUCAUCAUGCCUCUUCCAAGUUGUUGCAUGUAACUACACCUUCGGCAUUUGAUUUACAACCUUCUUUGUCAACUGAGAAUGGUGGUCUUGACAUGGAUGAGGUCUUGGGGUCUGGGAAUCUUUCUUCCACAUUGCAUAAACUCUAUCUUUGGGAGAAGAAAUUAUACAAUGAAGUUAAGGUUGAAGAGAAAAUGAGAGUACUACAUGAUAAUAAAGCUGCCAAGCUAGAGCGACUGAUUAAACGAGGUGCCGAACCCCACAAAAUAGAAGCAACACGAAUGCUCAUAACAAACCUCUCCACAAAGAUAAGAAUCGCCAUUCAGAUUGUCGAUAAGAUCUCUGUGAAGAUAAACAUGUCGAGAGACGAAGAGCUAUGGCCACAGUUGAUCGAACUCAUUCAUGGGCUAGCAAAAUUCUGGAAAUCCUCCCUAGAAUCCCUUCGCGGUCAAUGUCAAGCCAUAAGUCAAGCUAGGAAACUCGACGCAAUUGCUUCAAGUAAACAAGUAGCUAAUAAUCUCGAAGUAACCUUGCAGCUCGAGUACGAGCUCCUUAACUGGAUCUCAAGAUUUUCAUCUUGGAUUGUGGCCCAAAAGAGUUUCGUAAAGUCAUUGAAUAAUUGGUUAAUGAAAUGUAUUCUUUACGUACCGGAGGAAACUCCAGAUGGAAUAGUUCCGUUCUCUCCUGGAAGAAUUGGAGCUCCUAGUAUAUUCGUGAUAUGUUUUCAAUGGGCACAGGCGAUGGAAAGAAUUUCCGAGAAGGAAGUGGUUGAUUCAAUGAGAGAUUGCGCGAGAAGUGUGGUAGCAAUGAGAAACAACAACGCGAAUAUAGGCUACAAGGAUUUAGAGAAAGACGAUAGGAAGAUACAAAAGGAGAUUCAAGCCUUAGACAAAAGACUAGUUUCGAUAAGUGGCGGUCAAUUGGUAUAUCAAGCUGAUACUAGUAACACUAGUAGUGGUUUGCAGAUAAGUUUGAAACGAACUUUUGAGACGAUGGAGCGGUUCACAUCUGAAUCGUUGAGUGCUUAUGAAGAGCUUUUAUUGCGUGUUGAUGAGAAAAGACAAGACUAUCGGCUUGAUCAAGAAAAUGAUGAGAAAGCUGUAUAAAAUGGAAAACAAGUGAUUUUUCCUCUUCAUCCUUUUGAUAAUUUUGUUAAAUAAGUGUGAGUCACAAGUAAGGCAGUUUGUUAAUAAGAUAGGGUGGGUUAGCCAGCCAUAUUAGAGAAUUGCUAAGGACUAUAAGCUAGAUGUUAUGUAACAUUAUAAAAUAGGUUAUCAAAUAUGUUAACUUUUGUAGAUUUAGUUCAUGUAUGUAUAGGUUAAUUUAUUGGGCAAAUAAUGAAAUUUUCUAUAUUCCUUCUGGUCUGGUAAAUUAUAAUGUUGCACUUACUUCUUUUUCUCCAAAUAAAAUUUGGACAUUUUCU